AUGAAUUACGGCAGUUCAAAAGAUAACGUUUGCAAUAUUUCAGUUGUUGUUAGGUAUGCGGCUGGACCGUUGAGUGGUGAUGCACAGAAUCAGUUGCACAGUGUUGUGGAAGACAAAUUAAAAAGACCGACGAAAGGGGGUAGAUCUCGUAAACUGUCUUUGAGCGCAUCGGCUAACAGCGAUGAAGAUGUGGAUAUCGUGCCGGAAUCCGAGCAACAACAACUGAGCGCCAGUUAUCAUCAGGUUCAUUUUAGCUGA